AGCCGUCGCUUUUGUUCCGCCACAAGCCACACGCUCACAACUGAACAUCACGCUUGGCUUUGCACAGCGACCCUGCUUCCUCUAUUGAAAAAAGCCUCUAGGUUUGCUGCAAAUAAGCUAGGCAGAACGCGUGUGGCUGCCUAUGCUGGCUUUGCUGCCCCAACACCGCCCGAUACAGCUCUGAACCAGGUCUUAGCUAGAGUAUGCGUGCCGAUAAUGCCCGUCGAGCUCUAACCCGAUUUUCUACGGGCUGCGUAGAUUGAAAUGGCUCAGCACGUCGCCCUUCGCGUCGCCGUCCCGGAAAAAUGUUUACAGCACACGCUGCCAGUUGGCAGCUUUACUCUGGAUGACCUCCCCGCACAACCCAGCAGCACGCCCAAUGGCACCCAAAUCUUUUGGGUGCCUCGUGACCGUUUUCGUGACCUGGUGGCAGGCGAGCAGCAGCGAGGAGAGUGUUGCCUCGUCUGUUGCCACAAAAGGAUGCCACCUGCACCCAAACGUACGCGGCAAGACAACGUGCAGGAGACCUUUGAGCUGCAGUGCUGCUUCGGGCCAGCUGAUUAUCGCAAGUCAGCUGGUAAUUGCAAGUCAGCGGCUCCUCUACAGCCAGAGCCCGUGCUGCCAGACCAGGGCAAGCCAGAGCAGCAACAGCUAAAGCAGGUGACAAACCUGGCAACCGUCACGGAGUCGAGCGGCUGCACCGCCAACAAUGACGUGAACCCUCCGAGUGCUGGUUGCAGCAGCGAUGGCGGCCCCUGUUCACCUGCUGCUGAUGCGGCUGCUGCCCCUGCUGCUGAUGCGGACGUCGUCAAGGAGUCGGCGUCCCCCCAGCCAGACCCCGCGUGCGCUGCACCGCCUGCUGCAGUGAAGAAGCGCCGCAGAGGGACCACCUCCAUCAAGGUCGGCUGCCAGUUCGCCCUCCGUGUCAGCUACUACCGCGCCUGUCCGGACUGGGCGUGCGUGCGGGUCAAGCAGCGGCGGCACCUCGACCAAGGGGGCCGCCCCUGCCACGGUCCGGACUGCCCGGAGGCGGCUCCGGGCACGCGACUCGCGCAUGCAGCCCAGCGCUUCCUGCUUCGGGCAAAGGCGGCAGCGGAGGGAGCGCCGCCCCCGCAUGUGGAGCCGUAUCGAACCAGGACGUCGGGGAAGGUGGUACCCCAGGAGCAGCAACGGCUAGGAGCGCAGCAGCCGGAGCAGCAGCAGCGUGCAGAUCCUGAUGACUCGCAUGCUGAAGGUGCUGCUGCUGCUGCUGCUGAGGACUGCAGUGACAACAGCGAGGAGCGCCGCCCAUGCAUGCAGGCUCGUGAGCAGCAGCAGGAGCCUGGGGAGCAGUGUGGGGAGCAACAGCCGAUGCGAACCGAGCAGCAAGAGCG